UCAUCUGGAUGUGUGUAUAUGUAAAUAUAAAAAAUUAGAAAAUUAGGCUUCCAAAUUGUCGGGGAACUCGAGAGAAAUAUAUAAAGCAAAAAGAGCGAAUGGCCGCCGCUGAGACAGGUGCUAUGGCCAGCGGCAGUGCGGUUUCCACCGGACAACGCGGCGUUAGCCGAGUUCUUGCCAAGUUGUCCCAGUCUCUGGCCGGAGGAGAGUUCUACGAAGCGCACAUGAUGUACAGGACUCUCUACUUUAGGUAUACAGCUCAGAGGAGAUACCAGGAUUGCCUCGAUUUGCUCUUCGACGGAGCCCAGCAGUUAAUUGCCAAGGAGCAGGAGAGCAGCGCGGCGGACUUGUGCCUUCUGUUAGUGGACACGUUAGAGAAGAGAGGACCGCAGGCCGAGGACACUGACAACUUCUUGUGGGUGCCACGUCUGGGGUCUUUGAUACGUGGCCUGAGCGCCACAACGGUGGAGCGCGAAACACUUAUUCAACGGACCAUUAAGUGGAGCACGGUCCUGCACGGCCAGUACGGGCAUCCGGUACUACACAAGUUAAUUGCACAUGUGUUUUGGACCGAGGGCAACAUCGAAUCUGCUCGCCACCACUAUCUGCUCUGUCAGGACGGCAGCCUCUGCGGGCGGGUGCUGAUUGAAAUCAGCCAGAGCAGAGGUUUCCAGGGAGAGGUUGACUUAUUCCUGGUGCAGGCAGUGUUGCAGCAGCUCUCUCUUAAGGAUCGUAAGACCGCCGAGGACACCUUCGCCGAGUACACGCGCUACCACGCAAAGCUACUAAGACAUGAGUUCCCCUACAAAGAACCGCUGGUUAACUUCCUGUACUUCCUGUUUCGCCUCAUUGAUUCAAAGCGUGUAGCUGGGUUUCGGGCCUUGCUGAAGCUUUACGAUCCAUCGUUAAAGCGCGACACAUCGUUCCUUAAGUACGUGGCUAAGAUAGGAGUGAUCUAUUUCGACGAGCAGCCGGAAGCUAGCCAUGCAGGUACGCCUGGGUUAGGCGGUAUGUUUGGGGACAUAUUAAAUCGCCUUAUGGCGGGCUUCGACGAAGACGAUACGGACGAUCAGGCCACGACGCAAAUCGGGCAGAACGCAAAUAACGAGCUGGACUAACAUCAACUGGAGUUCUUUGCUAGGAUGGUGCAUAGUGUAGGACCCUAUGGUUACCCAUGUUUUUGUUGGCUUCUUAUCAACGAAGUUUUGCAUCACGAAUUUAUCGUGCUUUUCUUGUUAUAAUUUUAAUUAUUUAACGUAAGCGUAUAAUCGCGAAACUUGCAAUGUAAAUUCCACAGUGUUUUAGAUGGAAAUAAUACAAAAGUGUAUUUUACAAUGA